AUCCAAGUGCGAUUUUUUCAAUUAAAAUAGGCAAUUCUGUAAGAUGAUUAUCGCCCAACCGAAGCGUGCCUAAUGGAACCAAUCUGCUGUACGAUGGAGACAUCAUUUGAAGGGCGUGAUGAUUUUGAUCUCUCGUUGGAAGAACAAUACCUCUCUUCAGCGAUGCUAGAUGUUAUUCCUUUCGGUGCUGGCCUCAAUGAUUUUUUACCGAACAAUCGUGUACCGCAACAAACACACCAAUCCAUUUGCGACACUGUGAACAAUGAAUGCAUUACAGUCAGUAACGGAAUGGAUGAAUGCGAUAGUGCAAUCAUCAAUCCCGAUGAUUUUUUGAACGAUGUUUCGUGUGAUUCAACACAUUCGUUGUCUAAUCGCGAUACACCUUCACCUUCUAAUAGUCAAAAGAGUUACGAUUCGUCAACUACGUCAGGUGGAUUUGACGGAACCCACGUAGUACCCAUGCAUAUGAUCAGUCCGUCUAUCUCUUCGCAAACACCGGGCAGUACGAAUAGUACGAAUGCAGUGAAACCAAAAAGCGGGAUGUGUCGUUUAAAAAUCGUCCCCAAAAGUGUAUAUACCACAUCUAGCAGAACUAAAACAUUCACGAAGAAAACUAUCGUUCUCUCGAUGAAAGAUUAUCGCGCUCUGUUAGCGAACAUGCAACAGCAACCAACAAGUAAUACUAUCAUUUUAAAAGCAACACCAACAAACAAAUUCCCCAUACGAUCGGUUGUGAAACCAGUGCAAAUGACUUCGUUUUUAGAAAAGCAAGAAGUCCCAUUUGUUUUACCAAAACCAGCAUCAGUUACAUCAAGGGAAUUAGAAACAAAAUAUGAAACUGGAUCACAAGCAACUAUAAACAAAGACCCUAAUACGAAGACUUUUAGCCCAUUUACCGUCCCAAUGAUAAUAGCAGCUGGUACCACUCCUUCUAAACACACUAUUGAUGAAAAGCUUCUCAAAAAACAUCAACGUAUGAUUAAAAACCGCCAAUCAGCAUUCGAGUCGAAACAGAAGAAGAAAGAGUACGUCACCUCAUUGGAAGAGCGACUCGAGCAGUUAUCCCAAGAGAAUCAACAACUAAAGGUGGAAAAUUCAAAUCUUCUGGAAAAGUUGAAAAUGCAAUGUAAUUGUGCAGCUAUUAAUCUACCACUGGGGCACUCAUCAAUGAAACAAAGGUCACCAACUGCUCGCAAAAAUACAGCGAUCGUUUUGACAAUGUUGUUUAUGAUUUCACUUAAUUUUUAUCCUAUUGGUAAUCUUCUCACCAACUCCGAUCCUGUGGAAAUGAACCAAAUAUCAGGUGAAGUGGUGACGUAUCAUUCUCGUGGACUACUGUGGAUGAAUGAUUCGAACAAUCUAAACGGCCACAGUCGCACUCGAUCUUACAGAGACAACCUAACGGUGUUCAACGAAGAUACAAAUGAAGAUUCAGUCGAAACUUUACCAGUAACCGAAUGUCCAUUCUACGUAAAUCAAACGGAAAACAUACGUUUGGCGAGUGAACUCCGCCGGUGGAUUGGAGAGAAUGGUUACAAAAAUCUUACCAAUGGUCAAGCGGAAGUUUCAAUCGAUACUUUUGAUAAAAUGUUCCGUUUGAAGGAUACGAUCGAUUCCAUAUACCAACACAUGAAAGACAUUAGCAUGCAGAUGAAGUCAUACGAACGUCAGCGAAUGCUAGUCCACAGUGGAAAGAAAUUACCACGUAAUCGACAACGUAAAGCAACAGGACAACGACAAAUGGUGACAUACCGUAGGAAAAUUCCUAACCAGCACGAUCUAGAUCUGUAUUAUCCUAAAGUACACUUGAAAUAUGCGGAAUUCUUUGAAGAAAUUGGCCGUCGUGAUGAUACAUUUUAUUUAGUGUCAUUUAGCGAGGAACAUUUGUUGUUGCCUGCCCUGUCGUACAACAAAACAAAUCGACCAAGAAUGUCAUUGAUGCUACCAACUGUGACAGCCCCCGGAACACGGAUGAGCAAUGGGACAAAUCGAUCAGACAAGAUAACACUUAUGCAGAUCGAUUGCGAAGUGAUGAACACAUCCGUGAUUCAGAUACGUGAAAAAACGAUACCCGGAGCUUUACGACCGCAGAGUGACGAAACAGCGAAGGGUGGAUCUGGUGAUAAUGGAAAUCGGGAGGCAACGAAUCCCGGAGUUCAUAUGAAACGAUCAAGUGGAACCUCUAUUGCAAGUAAAUUAGAACGAACCAAUACUUCCACGACCCAUACCACAGACGGUGUGAAUGAUAUCCAGCAAAAACGGAAUAGCGUUCGACAUCAGCCUAGCAGGCCGUUCUUUGUAGGGCGCAUGAAUGAGCAUCACUGAGCAACUGCGGUUGAACUACUACACUGGACUCGCAUUUAUACAUAAUUUCAAACUAUAAGUUCAAACAGUAACAUUAACAGUAAGUUGAUCUCAAUGGAAAAGGAACAUUUAAAACUGAGUGGUGUAUUUAACGUUUGUUGUUGAAUAUUCGACAUAUUAAGGUUUGUUUAUUUUUGUAACGAUAUCAUAAAACAAAUGUUUGUUGUUGUUUUAAUUUUUUAAAGUGUUACAUGCUUCAUUUUUUUUCAAUCCAAUUGUUAACAACAAAAACCGAAUUGGUUUAUUUUUUUACCGUCUUCUUGAAGGAUACGAAAAGUGUAUCAAUAAUGGGAAACGAGUGACACUUGCUUACUUAUUUAAUUAAUGCUACAACCGCUUUAUCCCUCCAAACUUGAUCCUUAAUUUUUUUAAACCAAUCACGGUCGAUCGCCGUUGUCGUUCUGGCGGUCGCCUUAACGCCAUCACUCUAUGUCAAUUUGGGCCUUCCACGUCUCCUCAGUCCAUGUAAACGACCCAAAAGUUCCUUACGACCCAAACGGUUUCCGUACUUCGCGCAAGAAAAAACUAGUUAGAUUUUCGGACGUAUAAUCCAAAGCACGUAUAAAGUUAUUUGGAUCACUGAUCGUAUCCUCAAAUUUACUAGAAAAAUGGCCCGCAAACAGUUCGUAAAUGUCAGCUUGGCAUAAAACAGUAAGUGAAUUAUGAAACAUUUCAUUGGGCCGUUUUCAUUACUAAAAGAUGUAAUGAACUGACAGGGGGGAAACGCAAUUGAAAUCCACGUAAAUAAAAGGCAUAUCGAGCUCUGUGAUACAAACGAUAUCCCGAAGCCACGAGUUUAAACAGUUGUAGGGUGAAGUGGGAAGGUGCUUAUUGGCGAUAAGUACGAACAUAUUUCAUCCUGUCUUUUUUCAGAUGGCUGGGAGUAUCAUCUGACCAAUGAGGUCAGAUGGCUGAAAGUAUCAACUGACCAAUGAGGAUAAGGAUGGAGAAGUAAUGUAGAACAGUAGGAUCGCAAGGCAGAUACGACAAGGGCAUUUGAAGACAGCACAGCCUCGCUGUAUGAUGUACAUUGACAAAACAAGAGAUACUAAACAUAAUACUGUUCCGAAACAUGGAGGCAGGACAUUUUUCUAAUUCUGACAGAAACGACGAUGACGAGUAUUGCAACGGCAAUAGCUGGUGAAGAUGAAGGAAGUGGAGAAACUGAACAACGGUAUCAAUAGUGAUUGUCUACAUGAGGGGUAUGGAAGUUACCCAGAUAUUGUAAAGAAUAAACUACUUUUUCCUUUGAUUCCAAGGAAUCGAAUACAAUUAUCACAAUAUUGUUCAUUAUUUUGUGAUAGUGAUUCUGUGAUUCUGUUCUUUUUAAUCACGAGAACGGGCCAGAUCGUAUAGGCUUAUUUUUUACCAAAAAGCUUUGUAGUCACUCCUGACUUCAAGAGAACGAUCCAGAUGAAUUGUUGCAUCGGUCCUGUCGAUCCCACAAACCGCUACCAAGUACAUCAAAGAGGUUUGAUAAAGGUUUUAGUUUAGCUUUAUUCAAAAUCCAAACUACAUCCGCUAUAUGUUUCCCAUUGCAAGGUCCAGCUGCUAUAGUAGCUAGUGGUAGGAUGAUUUUCGGAAAGAUAAAAAAAUAUCAAAAUCUUGAGGUAAAACUUGAAUAUACCUUUAGUUAGAGUACACUGCAUAUUUCGCUUGCAAAGCCGUGUAACCGGUCCUUUAUAGCUAGUAAAAGUAAAUAUAAU